AUGGCGAAGCUAUCACAGCAAAACCAGAGAAACAAUGUGAAUAACAACAAGAGAAAUGAGAAUGUUAGAGGCAAUAACGGUGGUGUGACAAAAGUGAAAAGAACAAGGAGGAGUGUUCCCAGAGAAUCUCCUCCUCAACCGCAUUUGUGGGACAAGAAUUGCUGGAAUGAAUCGCAGAACAAGAAGGGACGCCAAGUUUAUCUUGGUGCCUAUGAUGAUGAAGAAACAGCUGCCCGUGCUUAUGACCUAGCUGCACUGAAAUACUGGGGUGAAGGAACCAUUCUCAAUUUUCCGCUAUCCACAUAUGAGAAGGAACUGAAAGAAAUGGAGGGACAGUCUCGUGAAGAGUACAUUGGUACAUUGAGAAGGAAAAGCAAUGGUUUCUCUCGUGGAGUUUCAAAAUACAGAGGUGUUGCGAGACAUCAUCACAAUGGAAGAUGGGAAGCUCGAAUCGGCAGAGUUUUCGGAAAUAAAUACCUCUACCUCGGAACAUAUGCUACCCAAGAAGAAGCUGCCAUUGCAUAUGACAUGGCAGCCAUAGAGUACCGCGGACUUGACGCUGUCACCAAUUUCGACCCGAGCCGUUACAUCAAAGGGCUUGAACCCAAUGAUAAUAACAACCUCAUCCAAAGUCAAACAAGCACGAACGCUGACCUUAACCCUAGCCUUAGCCUUGUUAAUUCCAGUUUACCUGCAAGCUCUCAUCAACUUGGGAUAAGCUACUUCCAAAACCAACACACAGAUGUGCCCAUCGAAAGUUUAGAAACAUUGCCAACUCAGCCGCACCGAGCUAAUGCCACGUCAGCCCCAGGGCUUCUGCUUCAGUCAUCCAAAUUCAAAGAGAUGAUGGAGAUGACAUCUGCUGUCGACUGUUCAUCGUCAUCACGGGAGUCCGAGUUGCCUCAGUGCGUCAGCUUCCCAGAUGAAGUAAAGACGCACUUCGAGUGCCAUGAUUUCAGCUGUGGCACAGAGACCGAUGAUAUGAUUUUUGCCGAUCUCUGCUUGGUCUCUCACCCGAUGUUCGAGCUUGAACUAGAGGCAUGA